AGUCGUUAUCAUUUUUGUAUGCCCCACUUUCAAGAUGUUUCCUCAUAAAACUAGUGACGUUAUAUUUUACAUCUAACAACGAUGCAACAAACAAAUAUACAGUUUAAAUGCAGUCAAAGCGUGAUUAUGAAUGGACCAUGCUGCUACGGAUACAGGGUAGAACCAAGGACGUUUAAAGAGAGUUUCCUUGUUUAUUAAUCCAAACUGAAAAUAACGAAAGAAAGCUCAUUUAAGUGUUGGCUAUUAAUGUAUAGCUGAAAUUUGAUAUCUUUGGAAAAUGACUUUUUAUAAAUCAAGUGCCAUAUUACUUGGAUUGUCCCUAUUUUUAUUGUGUAUAGGCAUAAUUUUGUUGUUUUGCAUUCCAACUAUUGUUCAUCUCUUAUUAAGCAAGAAUCUGCCACUUUCAAAUGGUUCGUUAACAUUUAAAAUAUGGAGCGACAUUCCUAUUCCAGUAUAUCAAAAAAUUUAUUUCUUUAAUAUAACGAAUCCAGAUGCUAUUUUAAAGGGUGAAAAACCAAUUUUUAAAGAAGUCGGACCUUAUAUUUACAAGGCACAUUGGUAUAAAGAAAAUAUAACUUUCCAUGAAAACAGCACUAUUAGUUAUAGGGAAAUCAAAACUUACAAAUUUAUGAGAAAUCUUUCAAAUGGUGAUACUGAUGAUAUCAUAUCAACAAUAAAUGCUCCUAUGGUGGUAGCAGCUACUUUAGUAGAAAAUUCUAGUGUAUGGGUUAAACUUGCACUAAAUGCUGUAUUUUGGGCUACAAGAGAGAGACUUUUUAUUAAGAAAACAGUUAAAGAGUUAACAUACACUGGUUACAGGGAUCCUUUGAUGAUUUUAGCACCCGUUAUUAAUCCAAAAGUACCUAAUCACAAUGGUUACUUUGCCUGGUUGUAUGGGAAAAACGAUACGGACGACGGAUUAUAUAAUGUGUUUACGGGAAAAAGCACAUUAGAAAAGUUAAAUAUUAUUGAUAAGUUAAAUGAUAAAAACAAAUUUUUUGCAUGGAAUUCAACUUGUUCAAUGAUGAAUGGAACGAAUGGUGAGUUUAAUCCACCUCUUUUGAAAAAUCAGCAAGAGAUACAUAUAUUUCAGACAGAUAUUUGUAGAUCUUGGUAUUUAGAUUAUAAAGAAGAUUCCGAAUUAUUUAAAAUACCAUCAAAACGUUUCGAGGCGGGAAUUUCGGUCCUUCAGAAUGCAAGUGAAAAUCCUGCUAAUGCUUGUUUUAAUGUAGGGAAAAAUUUGCCUUCAGGAGCAAUGGAUAUCAGUCCUUGUCAAUUUGGUGCACCCGUUGUUCUUUCAUAUCCUCAUUUUUACUUGGCCGAUCCUUCGUAUUUACAUGCUGUAAAAGGGUUAUCUCCAGAACCAUCGAAACAUAAAUGGUUUAUGGAUUUAGAACCUAUUACGGGAUUAACUGUUAAUGCGUCGGUUCGUUUACAAAUCAAUUUAUAUCUCAAAAAAAUUCAUUUUAUCUGGCCAUUUUAUAAGCUUUCUCCUGCUCCAUUGGUAUUUCCUGUACUUUGGCAAGAAGUGACGUUUUAUGUAACUGAAGAUUUAGCCGAAGUUUUAAAGUCGAAGAUCUUUAAACCACAGUUAUAUGCCAAAAUUAGCAGUUAUUUAUCUAUUGGUUUAGCAGUACUAUUGAUUUUAAGUGCCUUUAUAAUUCACAUUUUACUCAACAAAAAACAGAAGUUAGCAGAUGACGAUCCUCUGCUGGGUUGCGGAAGUUCGGAUGAUAACAUAUACGGUCACACAAAUGAUAUCCUAAAGGAAAAUGGGCGAAUAAAUCAUGAUGAUGAUGACGAGCCGGCGAUCAGAGAUGUUUAAAUAAUUAAGAAUUCGGGAGAAAAAAAUAUAUAUUACUCAAAUAUAACGGUUAUACAAAGCAUAUAAAAAGUGUGGGACCAAAUAUUAAAGGAAACGUUGGAUACGAAGAUGUCAGAGUUAAGUAAAAAAAAAAAAAAAUAGAAUAUAGCAACAUGUAAUUACAAGAAUUUCAAAUCGCAUUCGGUAGAAAGUGAUUUGAGACCGUGCACUUCCGAUAAAAUUUCUCAUUGGAAGAAAUUUUAAGAAAAAUCAAAGACGUAAAACGUUUGACUCGAGGACACAUUUUCAAAACCAACAAGAGCCAUACAAAGCCAUUUUAAUUUUUUUUAUAAGUUGUUAGUAGAUAAGAGAUUAAAACUAGUCCAAUUGUUUAUUAUAUGAUUUUUAUAUAAAUAUUCUUUGUUGGCAUUGUAUUUCUUUGUUGGGUUGUAAAUACGUUACGUUUAAUUCUUUUGAAAACGUUUGAAGUUUCGAGAUAUAUAUCCAGUCAUUUGUUUUUAUAAAAAAAAAUUUUUUUUCAAUUACUUCCUUUCUCAAUAGACAAUUUGUUAUAAUGAAACUGCCAUAUUGAAAGAUAAUAUUUAGAAACUGAUUAAAGAUAAUUUUAUAUACAUUUAUUAGCCUUCCAAGGAGAUUUUUGCCAAAUUUUCACAUUCUAAAGAAAUGUUUUUGAGUAAGUUAAGUGUGUAUUCUCUUGUUUGUGGCUGAAUGAAAUGUUAAAAUGAAUGCUGUUAUUAAAAUUUAUAUGGUUAAUUACAAGCCAAAUGAUUGCCAUAUUAAAUCGGGCUCACUUUUGUAGUGGAAAACUAGCCAGAUUCAAUUAUUUGGCUCCUUAUUAAACAUUGGGCUUUGAGAUGUAAAUUUUAGAACAUAAGUCAAAUAACCCUCUACAACUAGAACGUUGUUUUUUUUUUUAUUAACAGAUCAGUAACACGAUUAUUUUAUGAAGAUAAAAUUGAGAAUUUUAUUAUAAAACAGUAGAAAUCUUAAUAGUUUGUGUAUUUGGGGACACACAAUUUUGGUAUAUUUGAUAGGUUUUUGAAGAGAUGGACCUGUUACUAGACUUUGACAUAAACAUAGUUUACUUCAAUUUAUAAAUAUUUAAUAACAUUCAAACAAUAUUUUACACAAAACAAUUGCUAAAUACAUGUCACAUCAAUGUCAAUUAAACAAAUGAUUUUCAUUGAAACAUAUGUACCAGAGACUGUAUCUGUUUGCACCAUAUCAGUCUGGAAAUUUUACAUUCUGUAUUUUGUUAUUUGUUACAUGGCAUCGAAAGAAUAAUAAAUGAAAAUUUCGAUUUAAUUUAGAAAUUAAAAUUUUAUUUUGAAUUUUUAUGUUCUGACUUUUGAUGGGAAAAAAUUAAAGUUUAUAUUUAAAUAUUCAAAAGGUUGUUUUAAGAAUAUUUAGACAAUUAAAUAGAUUCAGAAGUACAUUAGAAUUUGAUUUAAAGAAUCAUACUUCAGCAUACGGCACUAGGUAGUUUGUUUAAUUACUAAUAAGUCCAUAAAACAUGUUACUUUCUUUUUAAAAUUUUAAUUAUUAUAACUCAGCUUUAAGUGUGAUUAUCUUGAAAUAAAUCUGUUCAGAUCUUACUCCAGAAACAUUUCCGACAAAUUUGGCAGAAAUCUCCGUCUUCUCAAUGCAACUAUAUUCAUCAUAGUGAAUAAUUUUCUUAAAAAUCAUUCAAAGUGAAUAGGUUUUUAAUAAGUCUGUUGCGUAAAAUGUCUUUUUAUCCUGGUUAAUCUGAUUCGGUUUUGUUUUUAAACAAAAAAAUACAGUGAACAACCUAAAAUCUGAUUAGUUAGAAAGAUUAGAAUGCGAUUUUGAUUUUUAAAAAAUAAAAAUGCAUUAUUAAUUCUCUUAAUGAUUAAAUCAAACAAUUGCUAUCAAUUGCCGCUAGAAGACACAAGUCCAAACAGAAUAUAAGCACUCAACAUAUCAGGAACUGCUAAUACAAAUUUUUUAAAAUUUUACAAGACAAAUUAUAGAGAAGUAUCCAAAAAAAUUGAGUAGAUUGGUUUUUGGUGAUAAGUUGAGACUUUAAUCAUUGGCCAUACGGCCAGCAAUUCUUUCAUUACUUGGAACAUUUGAAUUGCUGCUCUUAGGUUUAUGUUUUUGUCAUUAUGUAAGUAACAUGCAAAGUCUAGUUCACUUCUCUCUUUCACAUUUAGAACAGUAUGUAAGACAAUAUUGCCUCUUCUCUCAUUUAGAAAAAUCCAUAAAUUUGGCAUAACAACUACAAGAUAAUUCUUGACAACCUUACAAAUUAUGAUCUUGAUAAGUUUAAAAUUAAUUGCUAAUUUCCGAACUAAAUUUCAAACAACACAUGAAACCCUGAUUGGAGUCAGAACAGAAAUUGGAAACUGCAGUUCUCUCAUACCUAAGUUCACCAUUGGAAAAAGCACAAAAGAACUUAGAAUUUGAAAAUGGCCAAGCUAAACAUUCUCGAAUGCUUUUUUUAAACUUAAAAGCAGAUGAUAAAUUCGAUUUCUUCCAGAGCACCUUUUACAAAUAUCUAUAGUUUGGUCAUUUUUAAAUUUUAUGUAAGUUUAUUUUUUUGCUUUUGUCCCCCGAUGCUGGACUUAAGAAUUAAGUCCAUCGUCAGGGGACGGACUUGAUGAACGACGAACAGGAUGAGGGAAAGAAUGAUGGAUGUACGAGUAAUUGGACAUUAAUUAAUUUCUUUGACUCCAAUAAUACAUUGCGUGUUUUAUAAAUUAUUUAAUAUAUAAAACUCUUAGAUAAUUGGUUACAAAAAUACAGAUAAAAGAAUAUUUUAGUUAAUUAAUUACACAUUUUAAAAAUCUAUUGUUAGGCUACAGUGAUGUAGAUUGAAAUUCUGUGUGCGUUUUUCAUGAUACUACUGGAAUAUUGAACCAAACAAUUUUAUUGUAAUUUAAAAUCUAAUUGCAUAAUUUAGGUGUUUUUAGGUUUCUCUACAACACACAAGGUAUGUGGAACUGUUGUUUUUGGGGGGAAAUUUGAGGAUUUUUGAGUGAUACACACUAGUUUCUUAUUUUACAACAUCCACAUUUACAUUAGGACUAUUUUCUGUGUGGUAUUAUAUAGUUGAAUCUAUUGUUUCUAGACACGCAAUCUUAAUUUAUUAUGCAGAACCUAGGGAAAUUUGAAAUCAAUCUACCUUGGCUUGUGUAGCAACGGUUUUCCGAUAACCAAUUACAUUGUAAAAGUGGCAUCUGCUGCACAUAUUCAAAGAAAUUUCUCAAAAUUUGAAUACUUUGGCUUUAAUAACAUUACACUCUUAUUUAGAAUGAGAGAAUUUGGAAGCAUUGUGGAGGAAAUUGUAAGGAUUAUAUCAAAUUUUUAAAAUUGAAAAUAUAAUCUGGUAGUCAGAAUUUAGGUUAUUCACUGAAUCCUAUAAAGUAUUUUAAAUUAUGGUAGAUUAAAUUAAUAAAAAAUUUAAACAAAAUCUAUAGAUUUAUGACUUCUAAUUAAAAAAGAAAUACAGUUUCCAAUACAUAUGAAAGUCUUGCCGAAGCAUAUCUUAAUAAUAGCACUGUGAUGAAUUAGAUUUGUUCAUGAAACAGUACUAUAGUUACAAUAUUUUUGAUGAUAACCUACCUCAUGUAGUUAGAAUUUCUAGUUUUUUAAGAAUUUUUGUGUAUUUAUAUAGAUAACUAAGCAUUAGAAUAGACUUUUACUCAGAGAGAAUAUUGCAAAAUUUUUAGAAAAACUUUUUUUUAAUCAAUUGUAAAUGUUCCUGUUUUACCAAUUGUAAAUUGAAUUGUAUUCGUUUGAAAAAUCUUUACGAGUUAAAUUAGUUUAUGGAAUAUUAAGUCGACCAGUCGUAGCUUUGAUCUGAUUAAGACUUGUGGUUUUCACCAGUGGAUUUCUUUUUGAAUCCCUCAUUCUAAUCCUGUUACAGAUGAUGCCAAUUCUUAGAUUUAUCUGAGUGUGAUUAUGUAUUAUCUUACGUAAGGAUCUAAUUACUAUUAUUGAUCGGAAUUAUCUAUAAAGCUAAGUUCACAAUGUUGUACACUAACAGAGAGAGGUGCUGUUUGCAUCGUAUUGUGCCACCGAAUUAAAAUGCAAUUGAUCGAAAAGCUUUCGUUUACAAUUGCCAAUUUUAAGGAAAAAGUUUGGUAAAAGUCAAGAUACUUUUGACUCCUAAUAAACUGACCAAACUGUCAUUGUAUUGGCACAUACCAGUAAUUUGUAUCCAUAUUGCAGCAGUUAGUAUGCCUGUGUGAACCUACCUUAACAGAUAACAAGGGUAAAGAUGAGAUAAAACUGUAAAGAUCCUGGUCUGUAAUGACAAUUAGAUGGUCCUAACCAUAAUUACUAAUCAGUCUUGUUUAUUUUUAUAGACUGAGACCUGUAAGAAUGAAUCGGAUCCGUAAUGAUUGUCCUUACAUGGAUCCAAUUAGGUCACUCCGUAAGGGACAAAAUUGAGGUUUACAGCAUACGAAAUUAAACCGUUUCAAAGUGCUAACUCGUAAAGAUUUUAAAAAUCUCUUUAAUCACUUACUUCAUUUUUAUAGAUUAAUAUAAAUUUGAUUUCUGUUUGAAUCUUUCUGACAAUCGUUACUACUUUAUUUAACUUAAGUCUGAGAAACAAACUUACUUUAAGUUUCUAAAAGAUAAAAUAGUGUGUUAAAACAUCAAAGUAUGUUUUGAUAUACAUAAAAGAAUAAAUAUUUUUGAUAGGUCCUUAAGAUUGAUAUAUAUACAUAGAAAAUUUAAUAAUUACAUUCGUUAAUAUUGUAUCGAGCUAGAAAGGAAAUAUUUGAAAAUCGGAAAUAAUUGUUUUUAUCGUUGUUUAAUAAUUGUUUAGCGUGUUAUCUGAUACUGUGCGGAUGGCUGCAUUGCAUUGUUUGGAUAUUAUAAAUGUUACGGAAAUAAUGAGCUUAUACGGGGUCUGAAAGGGUACUGUACGGUGAGAAAUUUGUAAUGACAUUAAAUUUAUACGUACGGUAUUUAUACGUGACCUGUAAGUUGUCGAUUCAAUACCAAUUGACCAGUUAUGUACGGUAUUGCAUUCAGUUUAUGGGUCUCGUGCAAUAUUGUACGCAUACCUGUUGUUACAGAUUUUUCACUACAUGGUAACUUUUCAGACAUCCCACAGCUUUAAAUUUUUUUGUCCCGACCGGUAAUAAGACAUUCCCUCUCGGUGAAGGAAUGUCUUAUUAAAGAAGAGUGACAUAAAUCUCUUCUGUCCUUUUGUAAUGUUUUUGAGUAAUUAUGAGAUAUGAAGAAAGAUGUCCCAUUCUUAAGUCCCACCCUGUUCUAAAUCAUUUAAUUAGUAAAGCCGGAGCUACAUAUCCUGGGUUCAGGCUACAGGCAAAUGCAGACCUGUGAAGUCCCUUUUAUUUAAGUUGUUUUAAUGUGAAAUCCAUAUCAAAUGAAACUUGAUAUUGUUAAAAGGUUUCAGUAGUACUUGAUUCUGAGUACUGAACUAAGAUGAGUAUUGAUAAUCACAUAUUUGUGUGCAUAAAGUGAGAUCGUAAACAAAGCUUUUGCUUAAAGAUACUGUCGGUAAUACUGUUGUCGGGUUGUAGCAUCUCAUCAUCUCAUUGCUAUACUUUCUCUCCUUCAAUUUCCUUAUUCUUCAUCCCUCCCAUCUUUCUUCUAGUAUAUACUCAAGUGAAACCAUAUCUGUUUUCUUCCAUUGUUUGUGUGUGAUUACUCAUAAUUUGACCUUCAUUAAGUAUUAACUCAUUCAAAAGUAAGUGAUGCCAAGUAUGCAAGGUAUUUGGAAUGUGUAUUGUAAAAUACUCUGGACUUUUUAUUUUUACUAUUCCUGCCCUUUGGGCACUAAAAGGGCCAUCUUGGGUUUGGCUAAUCACACCAUAAGAUACUUUUACUGCUGGAUUUGAAUUUAAUUCUUAUCAGAACCUUCCUAAUUUUUUGUAGAAUGGAGAGCAAUGUAUCUUGAUUGUUAAUGUUUUAUGUAUAUAAGUCCUAUUAACCUCUAUUUUUCUAGACUUUUAUAUCAUUGAACAUUCUAAAUAAAGUGCAAACAUAAUGAAUUUAUCGUCAACACAAAUAAAUUUGUAUCCUACACUUAAGCACAAUAUCAAAUAACUUACCGUGCAUGCUAUCAUGUGACGAUAGAUAACACACUAAACGAUUAGCCAUUAUUUGUAUUAUUACUAUUAUUGUCUUCAAAGGAAAGUUAUUAAAAUUGUUAAACAAUUAAUUAAAUUUAUUUAGCACAAUUACAGUAUGUUAUUACAAUGUAUUAUGUAUACUAUAGUUGCUAAAUAAUUAUUUAUUACUAAUAUUUUGAACUGUACAAGUGUUAAUUACUAUUAUUUGUUUGAUUUUUGUAUCAUAUGUUAUUAUUAUUAUUAUUAUUAUUAUUAUUAGAAUUAUUAUAAAAACACCAAAAGUCUUCUCAACAGUCAUCCAUAUAGCUAGAUUGCCAUAGAGAUAAUAUUCCUUUCUACAUCCUACAGUUGUAUGAAGGAAUAUAUUUUGUGAAAUUUUAUGAUUUCUGUUAUUAAAAUAACUAUAACUCAUUUACAAAUCGUGCAACAGCCUCAAAGUUUAACAGAAUUGGAUUUGAAAUUCGUAGAUUGGGACGUAUGGGACUCGAGCAAAGCAGAAAACACCAAUUUAAGAUUUAACACAACCCUCUGUUAUAAUUUGCUCAUUUCUUUUCAUUCAUUCCAUUCGAAAAUAGUUUAUCUAAGCUACGGAUUUGCAAGCAAAACAAUAAAAUCUGAUCAGUUUUUAGUCGUGGCAGAUCAAGUAUUCUUGUAAGUAUAAAAAAGAAGAUAGCUGCUCUUCUAAUGGUUUUCAUAAUUGAGAUCUUAUUGUUCCUAUUAAAAUUAUCAAAAAGAAAUGACUAUUUAAAGGAUUCUCUACAGUAGAAAACAAUUGUUGUUCUAGAUAGGAAUAAAAAAUCAUUUUUCUUUUAUCUAUUUAUCUAAGAUAGAGAAAGAAACCAGAAUUCUACUUGUGUUUUCCAUAGUUUUCAGAUAGAAUACUAUUCCGUUAACUAUACAUUCAUUUCCUGUAUCUACUGAUAAUUAUGGAAAAAAUUCUUAAAGAAACAGAAUUAGAAACUAAUCAAAAUUAUCUAAACCAUGAAUUCUGAUGUUUGAAAUUAGAAAAUCAAAUUUGAGAGGCUAAUGGGGUAAGAAAUUUAAGUUUGAGGUAUCAAAUUUGGAUCCUUAUUCUCACAAAAGAUUUGAAUUUAAAUCAGUUUGGACUCUUAAUAUUUCACAAAUGGUUUAGUUAGAAUAUUAUUCACAGGUGCUACCACACAUUGUUACUGCUCGUUUUGGAAAAUCCAAUCCAAUCAAAAUUGGGAAGACCGUGCCGAAUCGUUCGGAAAUUAAAAAUUGACUUGGCCGAAAGG